AUGGCCAGCAAAAGGAAAUCAACGACUCCGUGUAUGGUGCGAUCAACUGACGCCGGGGUGCAGGAGGGUUCCAAGGACUCUAUAGCGGGAAAGGCAGCUGGCCUUCCGGAGCAGGACUCAGGAGAUAGUUGGUCUGGCAUUAAGGAGAACUGCGAGAAUGACUGUGAAGUGAUUGAGGGGAAAUCUUCCCCGGCCAAUCCUGUAAAGAAACUCUUGGGCGGUUACGAAUGUAAGUACUGCCCCUACUCCUCGCAGAACUUGAACGAGUUCACAGAGCACAUAGACAUACAACACCCCAAUGUGAUCCUCAACCCUCUCUAUGUAUGUGCAGAAUGUAACUUUAAAACCAAAAAGUAUGAUUCCUUAUCUGAACACAAUGCAAAACUCCACCCUGGAGAGAACAACUUUAAGCUUAAGUUAAUGAAGCUCAAUAAUCAGACUAUCCUAGCGCAGUCCAUUGAGGUAUCAAACAACCCAGUUGCUGCUGAAAUCCCUGAGAUCGAGAUAGAUCCCCUUGGGGCAAGCAUUACAAAAAAAACAACUCCGAAUGUGAACACUGGAAAGUCCAAAGGGGAGGUUAAAAAAGCUACCCUAGAGAACCACUUGGAUGGGUUCCGCCAUCUUGUUACUGAAACCAGUGAGCCUAUCACAUGUAUUAAUGCAGCAGAUCUCCUUCAGGAUGUACUUGCUCACGUGAUGCCCUCUGUACAGCUCCCACCAAAUAUCAACCUGGUUCCCAAAGUCCCCGUACCACUGAAUAGUACCAAAUACAAUUGUGCACUGGACACGAAUGCCACCAUGAUCAGUUCCUUCAACAAAUUUCCGUACCCUACACAGGCAGAGUUGUCGUGGCUGACCGCGGCGUCCAAACACCCAGAGGAGCAGAUCCGAAUUUGGUUUGCUACUCAGCGCUUGAAGCAUGGCAUCAGCUGGUCUCCAGAAGAGGUGGAAGAGGCGAGGAAGAAGAUGUUCAACGGCACCAUCCAACCGACAGUGCCCCAGACCAUCGCUGUUCUGCCGGCUCAUGUCACCUCUGCAAAAAUGCCGCAGCCACUUAUCCAAACAGCUGUGCCUUGUCAGAUACUUAGUCAGACCGGCCUGGUAUUGACGCAAGUGUCAAAUGGAUCAAAUGUUACACCAAUUACGCUUACUGUCGCUGCCAAUCAAGGGCAGAAACGGUGUGCCCAGAACCAGCCAGCUGCCCCAGAGGCAAAACGGCCCCAUGUCAUCCCUGCGGAAACCUCACCGAAACAAAACCCUCCUGCUCCCCCUGCAGUUACGGUGCCACCACCUGCUAUUCCUACGUUGCCACCACCUGCUAUGCCUACGGUGCCGCCACCUGCUAUGCCGCUGAUCUCACCAAAUGACCGCAAGAAGACCAAGGAACAGAUAGGAGCUCUGAAAGCAAGCUUUCUCCUCAGCCAGUAUCCCGACAACACGGAAAUAUACAGGCUCAUUGAAAUCACGGGUCUCUCCAGAAGUGAGAUCAAGAAGUGGUUCAGUGACCACCGAUACCGAAGUCAAAGGGGAAUUGUUAACAUCACGAGCGAAUCCAUAGCCAAGGACCAGAUAGCUCUGGCAGCUGCACGGCAGUGGCAUACUUAUGACCCCUCAGACUUAAUGACCCAAGAGUUCAAAGAUAAAAGCCACGAGCUGCUCGGGAUCCUUGAAGAAAGCUUCAUGAAGAGCUCUUUCCCAACCCAAAGCGAGCUGGAAAGGCUGAUGACUGAAACCAAGAUGAACAGAAAAGAGGUGGAUUACUGGUUUGCCGAGCGGAGAAAGCUCAGAGAUAACAUGGAGCAAGCUGUCUUGGACUCAAUGGGAUCAAGCAUAAAGACUCAAGAUGAAGGGACUUCCAACGGUGCCGUGAGUCAUAUGGACCAGCUGAACAUUUCCCAAGCACCACCAUCUUUGUCCAGGUGUCCCCCGGCGUUUACCGCAAAUAGCCAAGAGCAGGCCCACUUACUAAAAAGUACAUUUGCGAGAACUCAGUGGCCGUCGCCGCAAGAGUACGAUGAGUUGGCAGCUCAGACGGGGCUCACUAGGACUGAAAUAGUUCGCUGGUUCAAGGAGAACAGGAGCUCGCUAAGAACCGGGACUUUAAAAUGGCUGGACGAGUACCAGCAACAGUAUGGCGUGGACGGAUAUAAAGACCCAAAAGGGCCAAUUCCUGUUGCUGUUACAAAGUUCAGUAGUGACGCGGUUCAGCAGCCUCAGAAGGAAUUUCCGAAGCUGGGGAAGCUAAACAGGGAAGGAAUGGAGCAAUCAGAAUGCAAUAGCCGAGACAGCCAGGGCAACGAGGAUCCCGAGGAAGAAGAGAAUGUGAGUUGGGUGGAGGUGACCAUAGAAGAUGACUAUAUCACUUCGGACGGUAUGAACAGCUCGACUCGAACAGUGCCUGAAGUCAAAGUAGAGUAUGAUCCCGAAAGUAUAUCUGGUGAUAACUCUCACACCUAGACAGGUAACCA